AUGAAUUCAACCCCCAUCAGCAUGUCAGUCCGCACAGCAAAAACAUUCAGCCGACUGAACCCCGCGGCGCUCUCGCUCGCCGGCGCCCUCCGUCCGCUCAACCAACGCACCUCCGGAACAGUCUCCAAGCAGCUCACACGCCUCAGCUCGACAACAGCUCGCUCAGCCAUGGCGGCACCCGUGACCCUGGACACCCGCCUACAGACCCAGACUGUCUCCGCCCGCCCCAUUGGCCUGCGCGCACAGUCGACUGCUGCCGGUAACGGUACCGGCAACGAGGAAGUCAAGCUCGACUGGGACUCAUUCUUCAAGCUCCGCGCUUCCCGUCGCCGUUAUUCUCUUGCUUCGUCUAUUGCCACUGCGGCUGUCUCCACCACGGCCGGUGUGCAGGUUCUGUCUGCUCAGGAUUUGGAGUCCCUUGGCGCGCAGGUUAUGGGCCUGGACCCAUUCGUCGUUCUUGGAUUGGCGACUGCUGGGUGUGGUGCUAUUGGAUGGUUGCUUGGGCCGAUGGUUGGAAACGGUCUCUGGGGAUUGGUAUACAGGAAAUAUAAGCCUUCCGUUGCGACAAAAGAGAAAGAGUUCUUCGACCGCAUUCGUCGCUUCCGUGUUGACCCAUCGACCAACUCGAUUGCCAACCCCGUCCCCGAUUACUACGGCGAGAAGAUUGGUAGUGUGCAGGGAUACCGACAGUGGCUGAAGGACCAACGGGCUUACAACCGCAAGCGCCGCAACUUCAUUGUUUGA